AGGUAGGUGCACCCCACAGCUGGAUUGUGUACAGCCCACCACACUGUCAAUGGAUACACAGCAUGCCCUGAUGUUUCUGGGUUCGGGCCCUCGUUCGAUGACCAGGUGGAUGAAGAUGACCCUUCUUCUUCUUCUUGCUUCUGGUGGAAGCAGCCAUCGCACAGGAGGACAAUGCAGAUAAUCCUUGUUCUUUUUUUUUUUUCCCCCUUUUUAAAAUUUUCGAUUAUGAUUUUAUAUAAAUGAUGUUAUAAAAUAUUUUAUGAUGGAUAUACUGUUCGGUCUCGACCAGAUGGGGGUGCCUGUCAUGCUUUUCGAUGGCAACGUUGGUGAUGACGCUUGGGAGCGGCUGCGCAAAGAGCUCAGGAUGAGAGCAAUGAGGCUGGAUAUACUUCUGCGCAAACGGCAGCAGCCACCGACACGUCAGCGAUCGACACGUGAGCAGCGAUUGACAAGUCAGAGGCCAACAAGUCAGGAAGCGACACGUCAGCAGCAGCGGUGGGGACCACGUUUGUGGACAGACGCGGCUUGCGUGGGCGUUAGGACGACACGUGGGCCAGCUGCUGCAGCGAACGCUACCACCCCUUAUUAUGUGGCUAAUGAGUCGAUGAUUAAGGGUGUUGACGGUGAGCGGACACGUGGCAGCAGCAGCAGCGAUGUCGCCGUUGGCGGCGACUUAUGCACACCUGGCGGCAGCGAUGUAGGCGGUGGUGGCCUUUUCGCUGCAGCGGGUGGCAGCAGUAAGAUUGUUUUUGUACCCGCACGUGGUUCUGAUGUUGGUCGAGGUACAGGCGGGCUUAUUGACUUGCGCACGCGCGGCAGUAGCGGCGGCGGCUUAUGCACACCUGGCGGCGGCGAUGUAGGCGGUGGUCUAUUCGCUGCAGGUGCGCGUAAGAUUGUUUUUGUACCUGCACGUGGACCUGAUGAUGGUCGAGGUACAUGCGGGAUCGUUGAUUUACGGACACGUGGUAGUGACGUUGAGAAUGUGUGUACACGCGGCCGUAAUGUUGAUGGAGGGACUCGAGGGAGUGAUGGGGGUGAGGUACGCACACGUGGGAGUGAUUUGGCGGUAGGGCCACGUGGGAGGCCACGUGGGAGUGAUUUGGCGGGAAGGAAACGUGGCAGUAGUGUUUUCUUCGAUGGACGGACACGUGGCAGUGGAAGCCUGGCCGCCGAGGCUCAGCGGCCAAUCUCAGAGGAGGAGGAGGAGGAGGAGGAGGAGGAGGAAGAGGAGGAGGAGGAGGAGGAAGGGGGGACGCGGGAUGCACUUUCGAAUAAGGAUAAGGAGAAGGAGAAGGAGAAGGAGAAGGACAAGGGUGGUAGUGAGGGGAGGGUCCGACGUGGCACAUGUGUGUUGCCACGUGUUCAUGGCCAGGGAAAGAAAGGAGAGGUAGGGAUGGCUGUACGGGGGGAAGGAGGAGGAGGAGAGGGAGGAGGUCGUGUGCUGGUUGUAUCUGGAGAGGAGGAAAGAGAUGGACGGAGAGUUGUAAGGGGGAAAGUAGGGGGCGAUGCGUGCCGUGAUGACCUGGCAAGCUCCCAUCAUAAUCAGGGGAUGAAUACCGCAAGUCGGGUUUGCCACGUGGCAGCAGCCGGUGGGGUCGAUGAAAUGGCGCGUGAUGGCGUGGUCAUGUCGCGAGAGGCCGUUGAUUGCUCCUCCCCUUCCUCAUCGCGCCGUCGGAUGAUUGGGAGGAGGGGAGAAGAGCGCCAAGUGGAGGGGGACAGUGCAGCUGCGGUUGCAGCAGCAGGAGGAGCAGAAGGUGGUCCACGUGGCCGCUUGAGACGUCGAAGUCGCAAUAAUUGGGGUGAUUAUGAAACGAUGGUCUUGAUUAGACUCCUGCUGGGGGACAAGCAGACGGGGAGGGUGGGGUUCCUUGUUAACCCUAGAAGUAAUUGGGGGGGGGGCGGGGUUUUUGGCGGGGAGAAGGAGAGGACCAGCAACGCCACGUGGCGGGCAAUCGAGCAGGCUAUGAAAUCUGAAGGCUUCAAACGAUCAUGGAGGCAAUGUCGGACGAGAUGGAGAAAUCUCAACCGCUGGUCUCAACGGGUAAUUAAGUACGAUUCCCGCCAAAAUGGCCGGCGCAGCUACUGGAAGAUGAACCCAUCACAGCGCUGCCAAUCAAACCUACCUUUCAAUAUGCGUCGUAAUUGGUUUGAGGCGAUAGGUGCUGCGCGCCAGGUGUAUCGCGCAGCGGCGGCGGCGGAGGAUGACAGCCGUAGGUUCGGGGUUGUCGGCGGCCACCAUCAUCAUCAUCCUCACCAUCAACUGGCGGGUCCUGGUGUUGGCCACGUGUCAGGCAGUGCACCGGACAACCGGGAUCCCAACAAUCUGUCAGGCAGUGGCCACGUGUCAGGUAGUCCAGCGGACAAGCAGGAUGAGCACUUGUCUGGCAGUCGCCACGUGUCAGGCUACCAUAAUCUGGCGGGUCCCGGCGUUUGCCACGUGUCAGGUUCUGCACCGGACAGCCGGGAUCCCAACAACCUGUCAGGCAGUGGCCACGUGUCAGGCAGUCCAGCGGACAAGCAGGAUGACCACUUGUCUGGCAGUUGUCACGUGGCAGGCAGUCGAGUGGAUAAGCAGGAUUGCAACAACCUGUCAGGCAAUCAACCGGAUACACAGCCUCACAACGAGCCAGAGAUUGGCCACGUGUCAGGCAGCGGAGCGAACAGUCAGCACCACCAGAAUGUGUCAGGUAUUGGCCACGUGUCAGGCGGUAGUAGACAGGAGAGGCAUGAUCACAACAACAUAUCAGGCAGUCGAUCGGAUAGACAGAAUCAGAACGUAUCAGAGAUUGGCCACGUGUCAGGCAGUGGAGCGGACAGGCAAGAUGAGAAGAAGAACGUGGUACACGCAGGAGGAGUAGGCGUUGAAGAGGAAGAGAGAGGAGGACAUGCGCAUCGGAAUGGUGGUGAGGAGUCGUCAUCCGAUGAAGGCGACCUAGACGGGGUCAGACGGGGUGUAAGUAGUGACAGUGGACAUCACAACGCUGAGGGCUCAGGUGAUGGCCGCGUGUCAGGCAGCCGCGGAUGCGCACAUCAGAAAGAGGAGGGUUCUUCAGGUGAUGGCCACGUGUCAGGCAAUCUGUUAGUUUGUGCACAUCACAGCGGCGCACGGUCAUCCGCCGGUAAUGGCCACUCAUCAGGCGACAUAUCAGAUGACGACAACAUUACAGGUGACGACCACGUCUCAGAUGACGACCACGUGGCAGGUGACGACCACGUGGCAGGUGACGACCACGUGGCAGUGAGGCAACUGCACAGUCAGCAUCACAACACCCUAGCAGAGGUCGAAGAAGGUGUGAGUCGUGGAUGUGCACAUGAGAACCGCGAGGGAUUCUCCGGUGAUGGCCACGUGUCAGGCAGUCUUGCACGUACACAUCAGAGCCCGGGGAAAUCCGAUGACGUCAACUUGUCAGGUGGUGAUAGAGCGCUGAAGGUGUCAGGUGAUGGAGCGCCCCGCAUUUCUCCAAGUCGUGAGGAGCGCCACGUGUCGUCAGGUGAUGGGGGAGCGUGCCACGUGUCAUCAGAAGAUGAGGGAGCGUGCCACGUGUCGUCAGGUGAUGGGGGAGCGUGCCACGUGUUGCUGCUGUCAGGUGAUGAAGAAGCGCGCCAAUGCGACGGGAAGGGAAGCAGCAGUGGGCGGGAGACGAGGGGUCGGUCAUCGUCACCGCGUCCCGAUCCCGACACUGGCCACGUGUCAGGCAGUCCAGCCGAUGGAUUUUCGGAUGAUGAUUGUGAUUACAGCUCCUCCAUGUCUUUCACUGAUAGCGAUAGGAGUGGUCCCGGUCCCGGUCCCGGUCACGACUACGAUGAUUUGUCCUCUCCUUCCCCGAAGAGACGUCGAUUGACUGCGAGUGAAGAGGAUGGCAACGCGACCGCGAACGCGAUCCCGAUGGAGAUGGAGAUGGAGGUCGAGGUGGAGAAGGGCAGUAGUGUUGGUGUUCUCAUGACGGAGAUGACGAGCGAGGGAGGAGGAGGAGGAGGAGAAGGAGGAGGAGGAGGAGGAGGGGGAGGAGGAGGAGGAGGAGAAGGAGGAGGAGGAAUCUUAGAUGAGUGCUAUCUUGAGCAAUUUCCCGCCGAAAAGGCAUGGGAGGAGGUUCGAGAUGCGAUGAGGGAGGAUAUAGCAUUGCAGAGAGAGACGCUUGGGAUGCUGGCGUCGGCAAUAAAGACGGGGAUACUGGGAUUUCUGGCAAAAGAAUUGGAGAGUUCUAAGGGGCUCCACCUUACAUGACCCAGUGAGUGUUCAUUCUUUCGUCUGAUUAUGACGAGUGCGGGCCGCGCUGGCCAGCAGUCUCCUUCUUUUUCUUUCUUUUCUAGUUGAAGGCACAGGAUCCUGUUUCCCACUUGACAGGGCCGAAUGGUGUGAAAAAACGUCGCGCCGGCUGUUCGCGUCUCGCGACCCGUC